AUGUCAACUCUGCAAAAGUUAAGCACAUUUUCAACCUGCGAUAUUUCUGACGGAUUAUUGAAUGUCUAUAAUAUCCCAACGGGUGGCUAUUUCCCCAAUCUAACAGCAGUUUUCCUACCUCCAAAUACAUCGAUAGCAGGUUCUGCAUACACAGUCUUAUUUGCACCUAUCGAUGACCCGAGACCAGCCGUGAACUAUAUAGAUUUUGUACCUCCUGACUCGGUGCUUGUUCUCGCACUGGAAUCUCAUUUACAAAGUCAAUUCCAUCCAUUUGUUAAAAUUACUCAAGCAAUAUACGGAGGGUUGAUGAGUACGAGGGCACAAUUCUUGAAAUCUAAUGGGACAGUGGUAUUUGGACGCAUUAGAGAUGUAGAUGAGCACCGGAAUUUAAGUCACCCCGUCUUUGCUUACGGUGUUGGAUCUUGCGCUCCAAAAGCUGCAGUUAAGGCCGUGGGCAUCAAUGUACAGUUGGAAAUCCUAACAAGUGACGGUGUGACUCAAUUGAUAUGUCCUGGUGACUAUAUCAUUGGAGACAACAACGGAAUAGUCCGCAUACCAGUACAGGAAACAGACGUUUCGAAAUUAAUUGCCUAUAUUGAAAAAUCAGUUGAAGUGGAUUUACUUGUCGCUGACGACAUUAAGGGUGGCAUUCCCGCCAAGCAAGCUCAAAAGGAUCGAAGGGCAAUAUUGAAGCAAUACAUUUGA